UAAAGUGACAUAUAACCGGCACUUUUUUUUGUCUCGUUUAAAUUGAGAAAAAAAACAUUGAUAUCGUCAAUCAUACACGUGGCGAGAAUCAUAUACGUUUAUAAGAAACAUGUUUCUUCGUUUGAAGAAAAAUGUUAGAAAAGGAUAGAUUGCUCCAUGUGAUAUAAACAUAUAUAUAUAUAUAUACUCUGGCCACAUGUAUGAUUGACGAUACAGAGAGAUUCGGGGAGUCGCGCCGCGACUACAGGGCUUUAUAGCGAUCGCGACGCGAGAUAGCGAAUCAAUAGCGAUCGCGUCGCGCGUCUUCUAAAAUACGUUUCUUGAAAAGAUACGACUUUACCGCGAUCGCGUGGCGACUUCGCGAGUUCACAGCGAUCGCGCCGCGAGUUAGACGCGAGUGUCGACCUGGGUGUGCAUUGUAACUGUUCUACAUUUUUGAAACAUUUGCAUACAAACGACAGACAAGGAAAAUCCACAACUUUACGCUAUACAUAAGAAAAUUAUACACGUUAAAAUAACUGACAAAUACAUUUGAAUCAAGAGUUUACUUUAUAGUUGUCGAUAAAUUGAUAGAAAAGUUUAGCUGCAAAUCUUACAAAUAAUUGAAAUAUUUUAUGUUGAGUUGUUCAAUAAAUACACGUGGAUGAAUAUUAUGCAUAAACGUCUAUCAUAAUGUGUGAAUUUUACCAUUAUACUGAUCUAUAAAAGAUUUAUGUUAUUAAUUUAAUGAUAAAAAUAUAUUUUUUCCCUUUUUCUAUUUUUUUAGGAUUUCCUAAAGAAUGUCAAGUAUUUUCGCCCGAUGAUGUAACUACGAGAGGACCGGGUUUGAGCCAAGCUAUACUAGGUACUCAAACAUGGUUUACAAUUGAAACGAAAAAUGGAGAAUCGUCCGGUGUUCAAUGUCAUGUGAUAGCACCGAACGGUGAUCAGAUUAAUCCACAAUCGAGAUUAACAAAUGAUGGUUUACGCGUUGAUUGGACACCGUCAGAAGUUGGAACAUAUAUUGUUCAUAUUAAUUACCUAAAUGUACCUGUUCCCGGUAGUCCUUUUCGUGUUAAAUGCUACGAUCCCAAAAAAAUCGUUGUUACACCACCACAAGAGAGUUCCGUUAGAAAACCAACACGAUUUCUAAUCGAUGCUAAUAGAGCUGGAGAAGGAAAUUUAGAAAUAAGUGUUAAUUAUGCAGGACGAAAUAUUCCGAAUCAGGUGAAUCCACUUGGUGGUAGUCGAUUCGAAGUACAAUUUGUGCCACAGGAAGCUGUUAUGCACUAUUGCAAUGUAAAAUUCAAUGGAGAAUUAGUAACAGGAAGUCCAUUUGCGGUCAAUGUUAUGGAUACUAAUCGAGUCAUGGCUUUUGGCAAAGGACUUGGCAGUGUUCCUGUCAAUAUUCCAACAUCAUUUUCAAUUUUAACUCAAAAUGCAGGUGCAGGUGAACUUCGAUGUUCAAUUAAAGGACCUGAUGAACAUUCUGUGUCUUGUACAAUAACAAAAGUGGACAGUAUAUCAUUUGAAGUAACGUAUGUACCAGAAUUUGUUGGUGAAUAUCAAAUACAAGUAUUUUAUAAUGAAACUGAAGCAGAUGGUAGUCCCUAUGUGGCACAUUCAUUUGAUGUUAACAAAGUUGAAAUAUUAGAAUUUCCAUCAUCGGCUAUUGUUGGCUCUUCUACCUAUUUUACAAUUGACGCAACAGAUUCAGGUUCGGGAAAUCUUGAAAUAGCUAUUUCAAGAAAUCAACAUAAUAUACCGAAUCAUGUGACAAAUGAAGGAGGUGCUCGAUUUCGUGUUAAAUUUACACCAGAAGAAUCUGGUGUACAUAUGGUUAUUGUCAAAUUUAAUGGAAUCGAUAUUCAUGGAUCUCCUUUUGGAUGCAAUGUACUUUCAACAGAUUUUACAUUAAAUAAUUUUGAAAAAGCGUCUGUUAAUAAAGAAAAUAUAUUUUAUCUUACACCACGUAAAGGUUCUCAUUUGGAUGAAAAAAUUGAAAUUUCUAUUACAUCACCAUCCGGACAAUCAAUUGAAUCAAAUAUUGACCAUUUAUCAGAUGGAUCAUAUGCAACACAUUUUACUCCUAAAGAAAUAGGUGAUCAUGAAAUAAUUCUUUACAAUGAUAAUAAACCAUUUAUUACACCAUUUAUAUGUAAAGUAUAUGAUGCUAGUAAAAUUCAUGUUGGUGAUCUUCCAUCGGCACUUUUAAAUAAACAAUAUAAAUUUACUGUUAAUACAACAAAUUCUGGUGAUGGUGAAUUAUUAGUAGAUAUUGAACAAAAUGGACAUAAACUUUUACAUGAACAAGUACGUGUUCUAAAUGAUCUUUAUCAAAUUGUAUUUGUACCGACAGAUUUAAAUGAUUGUUCAAUAAAUAUUACGUUCAAUGGUGAAAAUUCACUUGGUGCUCUAAUAAUUUCUGUUAUUAAAUCGAAAGAUAUUUAUGUGUCACCCAUUGGCACUGGUAUUGUUGGUCAUCCGGUCACAUUCACAAUCGAUAUUGAAGAUGGUGAUGGUCUACUUGUUGUCAAAGUUACAGAAUCUGGUCAUAUUAUACCGAAUACAAUUGUUCAACAAAUUGAACAAUAUCGAUAUGAAGUAACAUUUAUUCCAACUGUAGCUCGUACACAUGAUAUUGAAAUAUUGUAUAAUAAUCAUCCAAUAUCAACAACACCAUUGAAAUGUGAUGUUUUUAAUAUUAGUAAAAUUAAAGUUGGAUCAAUGCAUCCCGGUAUUGUUGGUAGACCAUUUAUAUUCUCUGUUGAUACACAUGGUGCGGGUGAAGGACAUUUAGAAGUAACAAUAACAGAUGGUGUACGAACAUUACCAGCAGAAUUAAAAAGUAUUCAAGCAAGAAAAUUUGAUAUUGCAUUUUUACCUGAAAUACCGCAACAACAUUUUGUUGAAAUAUCAUUUAAUGGGAUACCUGUUGAUGGUUCACCAUUCACUGUACAAAUUGAUAGUAGAGCUAACGAAUUAAGAAAAUUAGAUGAACUUAAGAGCGAUGAAGAUGAAGAGUUAGAAGAAGAUGAAGAAAGUGAAUUGAUUAUUGGUGGUCAAAUAGAAGGAACAAAAAUUAAUGAAUUAAUUUGGCUAUUGUGUGAAAUACCAUUAACAGAUAUUUAUGAAGAUUUGGAUGUAUUUGUUAGUGAUCCAAAUAAUGUUGUUACAAAACAUACGCGAAUUCAAGAUAAAGCUGGACGUUGGAAAAUUGAAUUUUUACCAGAAAAAUCGGGUCUAUAUCAAAUUCAAGCACAUGAUUCUGGUAUUGAUGAUCCUUCGAUUACUUUGGCAUCAGUUGAUAUUUUACCAUCGACAUACAAUCGAAAAAUUGAAGGAUCCAAUGGUGAUAUAGUACCCGUUAAAACUGAAGAAUUUGAUAAUCAAUUAAAAGUUCACAUUGUACUAGAAGAACCUGGAUUAUAUCAAUUUAGUAUUCAAGAAAAUGGAAAUGAAAAUAUUUAUGAUAUUUAUUGUAUACCAGAUUAUAUGGAAAUAUUUCAAAAUUCUGGAAUGAAUGAUAUAACGAGAAUGAUUAUUGAUAAAGAUAAAGUGAUUGAGGGUGAUAUAAAUGUUAUUGUCAAAGAUCCAACUGCUCGUACAAUACCAGCAGCAUUUUAUCGUAACAAUGAUCGAGAUCUUAUUAUUGAAUAUGUUCCAACUCGAAAAGGUAUACAUGAAGUAUUUAUUCGAUCACGAAAUAAUUUAAUUGAUUUUUGUCCAAUUCGUAUUAUUGCUUUUACGUCCGAAAGUUUUUUUGAGCCAUCAUUACGUGUACAAAUCAAAGAAGUUUUAUCUCAUAUUGUGAAAAAAAUGCCAGAUGAUAAUGAUGAAGAUUUUAAUAUUGUCAUUGUUGAUCCAUUUGAUAAACAUAUUUUAUUUAAACAAACGAAGAAUGAAGAGGGUGAUGUUAAGAUUUCAGUAACACCAUUAAAAACAGGAAGACACUGGUUAAUAAUAUCAAAUAAACAUAGAGUAAAACGUAUUCCAAUAUUUGCAUUUGAUGAUGAUUACGUUGCAAUUGAAAUUUCACCAGCUCAAACACCCACACUCGAAGAUUUACAACCAUUAAGUAAUUUACAAUCAACAUCAAUUAAUACAGAACCAUUUUCUAGUACAAAUUAUGCUAGAGAUUUAACAACAAUUAGUGAAACAUCAGAAGUUUCAUCGGCAAGUUCAUCAUCUUCAAAUAGUGAAAAUAUAUCACAUAAUUUAUUAAAUGAAACAUCAGCUAAUGGAUCAUUAUCUGGUGCAUUCGAUAAAAUUAUGUCAGAUAAUGAUAAACCAGAGAUUAUGUCGCCUAUUUCUCAAAAACCAUCAUCGCCAUCAUUACCGUCCAUAAAAGAAAAACAAAAAUUCGAUGAACCAAUAGACAAAGAUUUUGUUUUAGAAAUUACUGAUCUUGUUGAUCCAAUUCUUCAUACAACAUCAGAAUUUACAUUAAAAGAUAAAGAUAAUUUAUCUAUAGCAAUUUAUGAUGCUGAGGAUAAUAAUAUUGCAUACUAUUCUGAACAUUAUGAUGAUGGUCGUACACAAAUAUUUUAUCAACCACUUAUUACUGGUCCUGUGGAAAUUCAUGUGCUGAAAAAUAAUGAACCUGUUCAAGGAAGUCCACUAAUUGUAAAUGCUUUUGAUCCAUCUGCUGUUACAUUAAUGGGAGUUCGUUAUAAAACAAAACUUAAUUCAACAUAUCGAUUUUUUAUUGAUCCAACGAAUGCAGGAAAAGGAUCAUUAAAAAUUGUUGUCAAAGAUACCUCUAAUAGAUCGAUUCCCAUAACAGUUUUAAAAAAAUCAAGUGGACAAGUUGCUGUUGAAUUUGUUCCUGUCUCCAUUGGUUUGCACACAGUCUCAAUCAAUUUCAAUAAACAUCCUGUUCCAAAUACACCAUUUACGGUUAAUGUUAUAAAAGGAUUGAACGAUGAUGAAAUAACUUCAUUACGUAAUGGAAAACAACGAUUGAUUUAUGGUGAUGAAAAUAUUGAAGAACGGAUUACCUAUCGAGGACACGGCAUUGUCGAACAAUAUCAGCGUUUAAAAGAUGGCAGUUUAAGAUUGUUACUUCAUUUUGAUAAACCGGAACAAUCAGACUGGGAAAAAAUUCGUGGAAAAUAUUCAAUUCGCUUAAAAAAAUUAAACAAGAUACUAUUAAAUGAAACUAACAAUCAUUCUAAGGCAUCAGCAACAGUACUAAUUAAGCGAAAGAAAGAUAAAAAAAAACUUCGAGAGAGCACUGAUAUCAAGCAAAAUGGUACAAUUGAGCGCCCGGAUAAGGGCAAGAGCACAACUUCAUCACGAGAGUCUUCAGAACGACGAAGAGAACAACUACAACCUAUAGAACAGCAUAGUGGUUCAAAUAAAUUAAAUCACGCAUCAAUUCAAUCAAAAUCUUCAAAUGAAAUCCCAGAACGUGGUCGUUCAUUGUAUCCAAAAUAUCAAACAUUAGCUCAACAAACUAGUUAUUCCCAAUCACCACACCCACGUCCAAGUACAGCAGAUUCACGUCAAUUUUCUACAUCAACGUCAUCUCAGACGACUCAAUCUCCUUCGAUAACUCCCAGUCAAAAUCAGUCAGACACAACAAAUCCUUCAAGAAUAUCCGAUACACUUCAACCUCGACCUCGUUCGUUAGACGUUCGUGGUUAUGCAUCAGAUUAUCUUAAUACUGGACAAAUAGACGAACGUCGUCGUUUACCUCAAUCGGAUCAACGUUUAUACAAAUCAGACGAAGAUCUAUCACAACUGAUCUCGCCCAAAGACAAACGCCAAAAUAUCGCCCUACCACUGUCGUCUAAAGUAGAAGAGCCCCAACGAGAAAGAAUAACAAAAUCAGAAGAUCGUCGAAUAUCGGAUCCAGCAACAACAAAUAAUAAUCGUGAACGUGAUAGUCGAGCACAUUCAAAUAAUCGUCCAAAACAGCAGCAAGAAUCGGUAAAAUCCCCGUCAGUGCCACCGGUAUUCGAUGAACAAGUACAAAAAUUAAUUAAAUUGAAAGAAAAAUUAGAAAACGGACAACCGAUUGAUAAUGCAUUUGAUCCUCGAUUAUAUCCAUUUAAAGUAGUGCUCCAACAUCCAUAUCCUGUAAUAAAUUCUGAAGUUAAUUUAAUAAUUAGCCUUCCACAAGUUGCAUUUGUCGGUGUUUCAUUAAGUGGCAUUGAAAUUCCCGUUAGAGCAAUACGACAAGAUGAAAAAUCAUUUAUUCUACAGCUUCGUCCAUUACAUCCAGGCGAUUAUCUGAUUUCAUUACGAAAUUACACUAACCAACAUAUAACAGGAUCCCCAUUUAGUUUUCCAGUAUACAAUACGCGUGGUGUCACCAUUGAACCAGCUCAAAAGUACAUGCCUAUCCAAGAUUGUAAACUAUUAUGUCGUAUCGAAAAAGCUGGACGAGGAAAUUUAUUUGUAUUAGCAUUCUCUGAUGAUAAAGCACCCGUACCAGUUCAUAUUCAACCGCUAUCUAUAUCCACUUCAAAAAUUAUUUUAAAACCAUCCAAAGUGGGCAAAUAUCUGGUCUAUGCAGCAUAUAGAAAUAUUCCGGUGAAAGGUAAGGAACAAAUAAUUUAA